CUGUAAACAAAUCGCGCGCGCGUUUUCAACCCGAGUGUCCAUUUCCGGCAUAGUUUUCCGUGUUUUAUUUUCCACCAUGAUCAAACGGCCCUCGAGCAAGGACAGCGAGAAUGACAUCCUGCAGAUGCAGCAGGACUUUUACGCCGAGUCGAACCGGGACACGGCCUUCCAGCCAGCCGCGAAGGUGGUCCGCAUGAGGCAACCGGAGGGGGCGGAGAAGGCCGCACCGGUGCGGCAGUCCGAGUUUGCUCGGAGGAGGAAGUUGCAGAAGGAGGCUGGGGUUAAGAUGGAGGAGAGGAGGGAGGAAGUUCCGGAACAUACGAUUAUCGGGGAGAUUGUGGAGAAGCGGUACGAUGGUGGGGUGGUUCCGAUGGAUGUUGGUGGGGAGGGGGAGGAGGGAGCGUUUCCGAAGGUGGUGCACGUGAACGCACUUCCCGUUGGGGUUGGGACGGGGAAGAAGAGUUUGUUUGCGCAGAUGUUUGGAAAGGGGGGGAGCGGGGAAGACUCGAAGAAGGUCAAAUUUCAGCUGCCUUCGCAGAGUGCGAUUUUGGAGGGGGAAGAAUCGAAGGAGAUUCACGCGGAGAACCUGCAGAAGAUGGGCCAGAUGAGCGAGGAGGAGAUUCUCAAGGAGAGGGAGCAUCUGAUGGGGACGAUGGAUCCGAAGUUGGUUGAAUUUUUGAAGGCUCGCAAGAAGGGAAAGGUUACUGGGGAGAAGUCGCAGCCGGCAUCGAUUCCAGAAGUUGAAGAACUCAAACCGGACCUUCCGGAUCUGGACGUCCUCCAGCAGGAAGGUUCCGACCAGUGGAUCAACUUUGACAUCCUGGAACCGGAAAAACUUCAAUGGACAAAGGACAUCCAAAAAACCGUUAAAAAUCUCAAACCCGGAGAAAACUUCGAAGCCCGUUUCGACUGGAAGGGAACGCUCCAACCUUACGUUAACCCUGAACAAAACCCAGAAAAAGACGACCGUGAACUCUACCUUCACGGCGAGGACGCCGACCGUCCCGGCUACACUCUCCAAGAGCUGUUCCGACUAGCCCGCGCCAACGUUCUCCAGCAGCGAAUCUCCGCCCUGAACGCCAUCGCCGGAAUCCUCAACAUCUUCAACCAGGGCUUCUAUGACGGCGUCCUCGAGCUACCAAUUUCGAAAAUCUUCUUCUUCCUCCGAUUUGCCCUCGACGAAAACACCCCCGCCGUGGUGGAAGCGGCCUCACGUGCCCUGGCCAACCUCUUCUACAACGAUACCGACGAGACCUUGCUGGAUACGUUGUGCGAUACGGAACGCGGGUUGUACCAGCCCGAGAUGGGGCUCAACGUGACGCACAGUCGCAGCGAAGAGGAGGAAAAGGAGCGCCAGCGGGAGCUGGAGAGUGGGUUUAACGCGAUGAAGUUGAGCAACGCCGGGCAGAGUAAAUCAAAGAAACCCGCCCAGGUGCACUUUUCCGCCCACGUGGACGACGAUCCGGACGACCUGACGAACCGGGAAUCGAUGAACGACUACCACCUGGCGGAAACCGACCUGCUGGAGUGUCUCGCCCGGACCAACAUCGUCGAGCGGAUCCGGUACGUGCUGUUUUCGAUGCGCCCGGAAGGCACGACGGCCGUCAGUUGCGUCAAACUGUUGAUCCGGCUGGCACGCACAAACGGCGCCAUUGCCGGCAAGAUUGCCUCCAACGAACAGCUGAUGGGUGGUUUGGUGAGGAUUUAUCUGGGGAAAGGGCUGGACGAGGCGCAAGGGAAGCACGAGCCACAGCACGUGGUGGUGAAGUUGCUGAGGGUGUUGUGCGCGUACGGAGGUGGGAUAUACGAGCGGCACUUGGAGCGGUACCACGUGGUCAGUCUGCUGAAGCGGUACGUGUUUUCGCGCAGGGAUAUCAACGUGAAGCUAAUUCAAGUGCAAAUCGAAACCUUCCGGUUUCUGAGGCUGAUUUUGAAGCUCAACCGAAAUGAUGCCCUCUAUUGUGAGUUAUUGCCGGCGCUCUGCUACCUGCUCGAGUGGCACUUCCAGCAUCUGGCCCCGGACGGCAGCGGACCGUUCAUCAUCCGGCAGCACGGGGCGGCCUUGUUAGCCCUAAUUGGUUACGACCAUCUGGCCAGUGUCCCGGACAUGGGCGCCGUCCUGACCCCGCAGGCCCUGGACCGGCUGUUUGCCUGCUGCAGCAAGUGGUUCAACGCGGCCACCAAGUACGGUGUUGACGAGUUUUCCCAGAAGUUGCUGCUGGGCGCUUGUCUCAAUGUUGCCACCAAGAUGCGACACCUGGCCGGAAGCUAUUACCGCAGCUUCAUCGACGGGUACCUGCUGGUGUUUCUGCGCAGUGCCAAGUUCGAGGAACUGAUGAAGCAAUUGAGAUUUUCCCCCCUGGCAAGCCCCGCUGGACAUGGCGUCGACCGGAGUUCCAAAAUUGCCCCCCUGCCCAACCUCGGUGGAAUUCUCACCAUCGAUGCCAACGGUGGACAUUCCACGCCACCCCCGCCGUCACUGAUUCUAGCGAAAUCCUACCCGAUAUUUUUGCUCCACCCGCUGCUCCAGCUGCUGCGCCAGCACGCCGCUGACCACGAUCCGGCCCCGCUGGAACAGUUCACGCGUCACCCCCGUCAACUCAAUUAUCUGGCCAGCUUGACGGCCCCGGUCAUGGCAGUCCCAAGUGGCACCGUCGCAGCAGGAGGACUAGGACUGGGCUCAAAUUGGUUUCUGAAAGCCGAGCUGUAUUACAUUCUGGACGUGCUGUCGGUUUCGGUUGAACACUGGCGGCGACGGCGCCACGACGAAAGCCCGGACGAGGAGAGGCCACUGCUGCUGGCGCUAGCAUUUCGAGUAGUGCUCCAUCUGAGUGAUGAAUUCUACCCCGCGGUCGGGAAGCUAUUCGACGAGGUGCUGUUUGUGAGGGAAUUUUACGGGCAGCAAUCGGAAACUGAGAUGGUCACCGCCGAGGAGAUGCAGCGGUGGAAAUUCUGCUACAAGAUGUUUGUGGAUAGAAUCAGGAGGACCAAGGGACUAUCAACAACGCCAUCACGCAACACCUUCACCAUCGGAUCCGCCUGGCGCACCCCUCUUCUACCGACCACCUGGCCUUACUCGCCGCUCUAUCUGCUGCUGGAACAACUCGAGCAAGGUCUGCCCAAACCGGGCGAGAACCAGGUCGCCGAAGAGGUGCUCAUUCCGUUGACGCUGAAAUUCUCCGAACUGGCCGAGGCCAACUCGGUGCGCUUCGUGACGGCCACCCAAAAGUUGAUGUAUCUGAUGGUGGCCUUCCUGGGGCCGGACUCUCGCUUCCUGGAGCCGGACCUGUCCGCCCUCGUGACCCGGCGUAUCGACGGGCUGCGACGCGACGCAGCAAAGUUCGAUUUUGACACCCGGCUGGAGGAGCGCAAAAGUUUCCACGGUCUCUAUCAGCUGCUGCUGGACGUCUUCCAGAGCUCGAGCUACGGUCACGCACCGUUCAGUGCGCUCGUGAUGGCCCCGCUGGCCCAGCAGUACGACAUCCAGUGGCGUAACCUGGUUUGGUCGGAGCACGUGGCGGUGCUGAGAUUUAUCACCUGCAGCGAGCAACAGCUCUUUGGGUCACUGGCCGAGUAUCUGGAGCCGGCGGAGACGGACGUAACGCUGAUUAAAUUCUACAGCCAGGCGCUGCACUCGAAUCUGCUGCGUCCCGGAUCGAUUCCGGCCCGGAUAGCGAGCCACCACGUGCAGGCGUACCGACAGCGCAGUGCCAACCAAGGGACGUCCCAACGUUCCGCCGAAGAAGCUAAUGAUAAAUAAAGCUUGGCGCUGCGAUUAGAUCUACAUA